AUGUCGUCCAUCAGCGGUCACGAAGAUUACGAUUACGAAACCGAUUGCACGACACCUGCUCCAUCAUGUUCUGGAGAACAUAUUGAGAACGAAGAGGUCGAGAGUUUCAGAGCACGAGAGUACCCUCAACUUGCAGGCAAGGUGUAUCUUGAUCAUGGAGGAUCAACACUUUAUGCCAAGUCGAUGGUCGAAGACUUCUCAAAAGACUUAAUAUCAAAUCUAUAUGGCAACCCCCACUCGGACUCUACACCUUCGGCUGUUGCUGGUCACCGGAUAGACGCCAUUCGUGAGAAGGCUCUUCGCUUCUUCAAAGCUGACCCGGAGGAAUGGGACUUGGUCUUUGUCGCCAACGCUACUGCCGCUAUCAAACUCACAAUCGAAUGUCUCACAGAUCAUGCCGCCUCCGCACACAAGCAACUAUGGUAUGGCUACCACCGUGACUCUCACACUAGUGUCGUCGGUGUUCGAGAGCUUACGACUACGAGUCGAUGCUUUGCCAACGAUGAUGAGGUAGAGAAAUGGAUCGAGUGUGGUGGCAUUGGUGGCCCUCUACCUCGCCAAUUGGGUCUCUUCGCUUAUCCUGGCCAGUCAAACAUGACCGGUCGUCGUCUUCCUCUCACAUGGCCUGGAAUGAUCAAGCAAAAAGUUUUGCGAGCGAACACAUACACCCUUCUUGACGCUGCUGCUCUCGCCAGUACGGCUGAAUUGGACUUGAGCAAUACCCACGAAAGUCCCGACUUUGUAGCCCUCAGCUUUUACAAAAUCUUCGGCUUUCCCAACAUUGGAGCUCUACUGGUGCAAAAGUCCGCAGCGCAUGUCCUUACAAAACGCAAGUACUUUGGAGGCGGUACAGUCGAUAUGGUUGUGACCAUCAACGAUACAUGGCAUGCGAGGAAGACUGCCACAAUUCAUGACGCCCUUGAGGAUGGCACUCUUCCCUUUCACUCCAUCUUCGCUUUAGACCAUGCCAUCAACGUCCACAAACGCCUUUAUGGACCCGAACCUAUGAAGUUUAUCUCCCGCCACACAGCUCAACUCUCAAAGCAACUCUACGACAAUCUCUGCAACCUACGACACCGAAACGGCAAAUCCGUCAUUCGCAUGUACAAAGAGCCUUCUAGCGUUUACGGUUGCAGCAAAACUCAAGGCGCUACCAUCGCGUUCAAUGUGUUGAAGUCUGACGGUUCACUCAUCCCAUAUACUGAAGUUGAGAAACACGCCAAUGGUCAUGGCAUUUACAUCCGCAGCGGCUCUCUCUGUAACCCUGGUGGUAUGGCCACCUACCUCGACUGGUCACCAGAGGAGAUGAGAGCAGCCUUUGCUUCCGGUCAUCGCUGCAGCAACCCCACUGAAAUUGUUGGCGGCAAAGCUACUGGUGUCGUCCGUGUAUCUCUCGGCGGCAUGUCCACAGCCUCCGACAUCAGAGCUCUGAUCUCUUUCCUCCGCGCCUCCUACGUGGACACCACAAUGCCGAAGACGAUAUCUCUGGCCAAGCAAUCCGUUUCGAUGCAAAGAGCUUCCUUCAUCAAGAUCCAGAUUCCCGAGGAGCGAGAAAUGGAUGCCGUGUUCGGAGCAACAGCGCCCGUCAUCAACGCACCCCUUCCCCCUCUCGUCCGCAACCGUCUUCGCAAAUCCUUCGACUAUGGCAUCGGACCAUCACCAGGUUCAUCCGUCACUUCCAUCUCCUCUGCCGGUCUCCCUCGCUCCCAGUCUUCCAACCUCAUUGGCUUGAAAGCCAAACCCAACUUGAGUAGACGAAAAAGUCUACUCAGCCGUUCGGACUCGAAGCCUGCGGUGGGCAAGUGGGAUAGCUUCUGGAGGGAAGAAACAGCUGCACUUGUUGCCGCUGGAGCUGUGGAGAGUGAAGUUGGGCUCGUUACUGCCUCUGCGACAGAAGCCAAGAAGAAAGAGAAGGAAAAGGAGAAAGACAUAAGUGGCCUCAGAAAGGUUGCUCGCGCGUUCAGACGACAUGCUUGA